AGGCGGAGCUACCAGUUCCUGUUGCAAUAUUCACGUGUGCUGAGACUUGAACAGUCUAAAAAAACAUUAUAAAGUACGCAAUUGAAGGGCGUUAUGAAAGACUGUUUGCCAUAGGUGAAAGCAAAGAUGCUGAGUGAUUCUGAGGCUGCUGAGCUUCUCUCCUUCCUGACCACUGACACAAGACCUGAUGUCAAAGGUCAUGCCACGGAAUACUUACUUGGAGUAUCCGGCAGCAGAGAUGGCUGCCGUUUUCUCCGCACCAAACCAGAGCUUCUUGUUGCCCUCUUUGCAUUGACAUCAGAUCCCUCUAUCGCCAUUGUCAAGGACUGCUUCCUCACCUUCAUCAACCUGUCUGCGGACGAGACUCUACACAAGGUUCUUUUGUCUGAUGUCAAAGUUCUACCAACAUGUCUGAAGAACCUGGUCGAUCCGAAGUAUAUUUUUGCAGAUCAGAUAUGUACCAUGCUGUCCAACCUAACUCGCCAUGUAAACACUUGCCGGACUGUGUUCAAGGAGCUGCAGGAGCGAGGGGGUCUGGCUCAGCUUGUGGAACUUCUAUGCACCGAAGGCUACAACAAGAAAGCUAAUUUCCACUACAUAGGUCCUCUUCUGUCCAACCUCACUCAACUGCCUGAGGCAAGAACUUACCUGAUGGACAAGGAGAGGUGUGUCAUCCAGCGGUUGCUGCCCUUCACCCAAUUCCAGGAUUCAGUGGUGAGACGUGGAGGGGUCAUAGGAACGCUACGCAACUGUUGCUUUGACCAUGCUCAUCAUGAGUGGCUGCUAAGUGACUCGGUGGACAUCCUGACAUUUCUCCUGCUCCCUCUGGCUGGUCCUGAGGAGCUCAGCGAGGAGGAGAAUGAAGGUCUUCCAGUGGACCUCCAGUACCUCCCUGAGGACAAGAAGCGAGAAGAAGACCCUGAUAUCAGGAAGAUGCUGCUGGAGACGCUUCUGCUGCUGACUGCCACCAAAGUUGGACGACAGACCCUGAAAGAGAAGAAUGUUUAUCCCAUAAUGCGGGAGUUCCACCACUGGGAGAAGGAUGCCCACGUUGUUGCUGCCUGUGAAAAAGUCGUGCAGGUGCUGAUAGGUGACGAACCAGAACAAGGGAUGGAAAACCUGAUGGAGGUGGACAUUCCCCCAGACGUGGAGGUAAAACUAAACGAAGCAUACCUUAAAGAACAGCAGGACCUUGAGAAACAAGAAGAGGAGCUGAGGAAGGAGCAGAGCAGCGAGCCAGAGGAGAAGAAACCCAGAGUAGACUGAUGGAGAGGAGAAGGAAACCUUGUGAACUUCACACACAAAUUCUGGGAUAGUGUCACAGAUACAAAUAUCAAAACUACAUGUACCUUUUCAUUCAUUUAUUGUGCAUCUUAAACACACACAAACACGCAUUCAUCUGCACAUACUCCUAUGGACAAUUUAGAGUCAUCAAUUAACCUCUGUUUUUGGACUGUGGGAGGAAAACAUCACAAGCAUCAUUCAUAUAGCCCAUGGAAAGGACCAUCGCUCACUGAAGCUGGUGAUUUUCUCGCUGUCGGUCCUCAUGAAUGUGUAAAUUCACAAUGUGUUUCAAUGUUCUGUAGUGCAGCUUGUCACCUGAUCCCACCUGGGUCUCAGAACGGUGGCUGAGGACUGAGUGAUCAAGCCAAGAUAGGUUUUCUUUUGAGGAUGGCAGGUUCGAAGUAUUCUGUAGUCUGACUCUGGUACGUUUGACGAGGAACAAUUAACAGUGUUGACAGGCUGGAAAUGUCAUUGCCAGGUAAGAAAAUGUGUAUUGCUAUGGUUGGCCACUGAGGGGCGCCCAACACCCAAACGUGUACUGUGGCGUUGCUCCAAACUUGCUGAGCUGAAUAAUUGUCGGUGAGGUUCUCAACUGAAAAAUAAACGGCUAUAUUUGAAUACGCAAGUAUUGAGUAUUUCCACAUUCAAAACAAAGUGUCCUCGACAAUGUGAGGAUGAUGUCAGCGAAUGUGAGAUUUUGCCAUAUCUGUGCAACAGGGUUGUCAGUGCGAGGUAGACCAAAUAAAACAGGAAGUGUUCUCAAGUGAGUUUCUUCUUUACAAGACUUCAUCAUUUUGGAUUUGUACUUCUGCAUAGUUUGUGAUCAAAGUGUAAUUUGAAGUUUUUUUCCUGGUUGUGCGUGUUGUUUGUGCCUGAUGUCUUUUUCCGUUUGCCUGCCUCGAUUCAAGGUCAUGUCCAGAAUAUAAAUACAAAAGUCUGUGGGACUGAGGACAUAUGUGUCUUUGGUCUACUGAUAACCUGUAACUUGUUUGGUCCCCAGUGAGUGCGGUGAAAGUACUAAGUUCUCAGACUCCACCUCAGGUUAGCUGGCAAAUACACAAUGUAGUGUUCUUCUGACCUGAGCUAAACAUUUGUUCUCAUUGUCAUUCAUCCCUGCAUUUUUUUAAUUCACAGGUUUUGGACAGAAUGUUUUGUGAUGUUUAUCAAUGCAACUUGAAUGGAAUGCAUGUUUUAGCCUGGACAUGUUUGAUGAGCUUAACUGAUAAAUAUUGUUGACGCAGGCCUUUGAAUUGAGAUAUAAAUACUUCUGUCAUUGAUCAACUCAUCGCAGGCGUGUUGCAACUUGACUCUAGUCACACCUCUGGACUUGGGAGGGUUCAUCCAUAACUGUCUUGACUAGAACUGCAGCUUACUCUGGACCUCUUAAACCCGAAGAAAGACUACACUGACUGGAUACUCGGCUCCAGGAUAGUGUGAUCCACAGCAAACAUGACAAACAAACAGCAGCAUAUUCGCCGAAGACGUGGAAUAAGUGAAGUUAGUAGGUCAUUGUGCCCCUGACAGCCAAUCAGAAGCGUCAGUUUCCUGUUUCACUUCCUCGUUUGUACACCAACUACGUGACUGACGCGUCGGACGGUUAAAAGACCAGCUGUUACAUGUAAAUGACGCUUUUAACUUCAACCCCUUAACACGUGCAAACUAAUUCAAAAAAUACCAGCUGGAGGUUCUUGACAUUUGAUUUGAAAAUUAACUAUAAAACAAAAAUAAAUGAGAUUAUUUGUUUAAUUUUGUAUUCUUUGAAAGCUUUGUUUAUUGAUUUUUCACACCAGUCAAUCAAAACAGUUCAUUGGAUGAACUGUCCAAUUUCCCCAACAUGGGAUGAAUACAGGCCAUCUAAUCUAUAUUAAAAAGUGAUUUUUAAAACGUUGCAAAAACAAACAUAAAAGACACAGAAUUGACUGACUAGCACUAGGACCACACACAUUUGCACACAACCGCUCGGAAAUUAUGAGAACUGUUCUUCACUCUGCUCCUUUUCAAUCUCUAUAAUAGAGGAAAUAGUGACUAAGUUGUAUGUAAUGUAUCAAUAAUGAAGCUAUGUGAUGUUGUAGUUUUCCAAAUCUCAGUCUAACUUAAGGCUUUUCCAAUGUAUUAAAGGAGAUUGAAAUAUUUAUUAAUUAAAAAUGUUAACACAAAGGACUAAAACUUAAUGCACAACACUAAGAAUAUGAACAGUACCAUGAAACAGAUGUAUAUUGGCAAGGGUUUUACCAUUUUUAACCCUAACGUUGCUUCCUUGUUUUUGAAAAUGCAGUAUAAGGAGUUAAAGGUAUUAUUCAGUUUAUAGUUUAAUUGAAAAAUACGUGCUAUCAUGGGAAACUGUUAUGACCAAAAGGUGUAAUAAUAAUAAUAAUAAUAAUGAUGAUAAUAAUAAUACAUUGAAUUGCAUUACAAGAAUUCUAUAAUAAAUAUUGUAUUGGAUAUUGUAAAACGUUCAAGUAAAACUAAGUGGUGUGCUCGCCUUGUCCUCCCCUGAAAGACCGAGGUCAGUCAUAAGUCAGAGACUGUGUGUAGAUCUGUUGCUUGUUUAUACUUUGUAAAGGAGUACAUCAGUCAGAGCUGCCAACCAUGACCAUGAAAUAUGAAUACAGUCUUUCACGUGACUCGUCUCUGGUGCUUCCUGAACACAAAACACAGCUGGUAGAACCACUAUCAACCACCGGUAAAUCUGAAU